CCUAGAAUGUUCGACCGAUCACCUAGAAGGUUCGACCAAUCACACGAACAGUCUCGCAUCUCCAAGCCUCACCUCAUCACUUCUCGAAGUCUCGCAGAACACUGAGCCUAAUCCUCUGAAAAUGUAUAAAUCCGGGGCCACUGUAGCGCUUUUCCACUCAUCAUCAGAAACAUCAGCAACAAAGCACAACAUCAGCAGCCGCAUUCAAGACAUCACAUUACACACACAUCCACGCACAGCAUCUACCAAACAAACAUGGCAGACGCACAGUUCGAAUCACAACAACGGCAAUUUACAACACCAAGUAUGGACUCAAGAGGCUCUUCUGCGAAACGCAGAAAGGUCAUUGGCCAAUGCCCGACAUGCCACCAGUCAUUCGCCUCACGGCAUGAACUACGCGCACACAUGGCUGACCCGCAAAUACACGCACCAGCUUCGGACUCGGACGCUGUUUCCUUUGGCGAACUGAGUUCCGACUACGACAGCCUUGACGAAGACUCCAGUCCGCACAAACCCUCAGCGACCAAGCAUGAGGACGAGCCGACACUGAACAACGACGGCUUCGCGUUUUCCUCCAGCGAUGGAAUACCGAGUAUGGAGCAAGAUGGCUUUGAGUUCACCGACGCAGAUCCAAGCUUCUUUCCCUCCGCAGCGCAUAUGAACGCUGAGCAAGGCAGUGUGCAUACCAUGCACGACGAAGACGAGCAGCCGAGUGCGGAACACAAGGCUUUCGACAACCCUAUACAAACACCGCCCCGGAGAGCGACGCAGCCCAAAGGAGGUGCGCUCGGUGUCUUGUAUUGUGGGACGUGCGAUAAGUAUUUUGGGAAUGAGAAGGUGUUUAAGAGACACUUUAUGUUUGGGGUCAAGCAUGGUGAGGAGCCGAGGGAUAUGAUGGAGUUGUACUACAGAGUAUGGGGAUCAUCGUGGGCGGACGAGGCAAAGGAGACGGAGAGAAAUGGGCGAGUUGCGGAAGUGGACGAGAUGGAGUUGUAAAGGACAGAUUGCUUGAGAGACCAGAUGACGAUGAUGAGUGGAUGAGUAACGAUUGAUGAUACCCAUAGAGUAUUUCUA